AAAAAGAAGAAAUUAGAACAACAAAAAAGUUUCUCUCCUUCUCUCUCCCCACUCCCCUUUGCGGUUAAGUUGCAUUUACAUGCCAUUUCACAACUAGUAAUAUUGAUUAACAAGAAAGAACGCCCUUCCCUCCCCUCCCCUUUCCCAUUGUUUGCUGCCAGCACAGUCUGCUCUCUCAUCAUGUCCACCAAAUCCAAAUCCACCUUGCUGGAAACUCCAAAGAGCAAGCCGUCAGUUGUAACAGCACGGCCUAGUAGAGUGAGUAGAGUAGGAGCAGCAGCCAAAUCUGAUACUUCUGGUACACCAACUCACUUGCAAGCACCUCGCUCUUCUUCUGCUGAUAAGUCUCCAGGAUCGGUUACUUCUAGGCCUACUAUCGACCGACGGUCACCUAAGCUCUCUGUCACCCCUCCUGAUAAAAAGGCAACUCGCAUUCUGAAGCCAUCAUCAGAGCUGCAGGCAGAACUUAAUGUUGCUCAGGAAGAUCUUAAGAAGACCAAGGAGAGCUUAGCUUCAAUUGAGAAGGAGAAAGUCAAAGCUCUUGAUGACUUGAAGGAAGCACAGAGAAAGGAAGAGGAAGCAUGCGAGAAGCUCAAGGAGGCUUUGAUGGCUCAAAAGCUUGCAGAAGAGAGUUCCGAAAUAGAAAAGUUCCGUGCCAUCGAGAUACAACAGGCAGGCAUAGAGGCAGCUAGGAAAAAGGAAGAGGAAUGGAAGAAAGAGGUCGAAGUAUUGAAGAGUCAACAUGCUAAUGACCUUUCUGCCCUCCUCUCCGCCACAAAAGAGCUUCAGCGUGUCAAGGAAGAACUUACCAUGACCUGCGAUGCCAAAAACCAGGCUCUCAACCAUGCUGAUGAAGCCACUAAGAUUGCCGAGGCACAUGUGAAAAAAGCUGAAUCGCUUUCUGCCGAAGUGGUCCGGUUGAAAUCCAUACUCGAGUCGAGUCUGUCAGCAGAGGCUGAUGAGAAGAAUGAGCUGGUCGCUGAGUUGGACCUUGAGAUCGAGACACUGAAAACAGAACUUGAGAAAUCAAAACGUGUCGAGGAGAGGUUGAUGGAAAGAGAGGCUCUCCUUGAGAAACUUAACACGGAGCUCCAGGCUGCGAAUAAAGCUGAAUCUUGCGCACAGAAUCUAGUGAAGGAAUGGAAGAAGAUGGUUGAGGAGUUGGAGGCGGAGGCUGCCGAAGCACAUAGGCUGGAGACUUCUGCUUCAGAAUCUCUGGAAACAAUCAUGAAACAACUAGAAGACAAGAAUGAUUCACUGCAUGAUGCAGAAUCUGAGAUUGAAUCUCUCAAAGAGAAGGCCGGGCUUCUGGAAAUUUCCAUCAGCAGGCAGAGAGGAGAGCUUGAGGAAUCGAGCCGUCUUCUUAAGAUAGCCAAGAAUGAGGCUGCUGACAUGGCAAAAAAGGUUGAAUCUCUCAUCUCUGAGAUUGAGACCAUCAAAGAUGAGAAAUUUCAGGCUCUGAACAAUGAAAAGCUCGCUGCUGACAGUGUACAGAAGCUUCUGGAAGAAAAAAGCAAACUUCUGGAUGAACUGGAAAACGCUAGGGAUGAAGAAGAAAAGAGCAAGAAAGCAAUGGAGAGUCUGGCAUCAGCCUUGCAUGAAGUUUCUUCAGAGGCAAGAGAAGCCAAAGAGAGGUUACUGUCUAGGGAAAUCGAGCAUGAAAAUUAUGAAUCACAGAUAGAGGACCUGAAUCUUGUCCUGAAAGCAACAAACGAGAAGUACGAGAACAUGCUUGAUCACGCAAAACAGGAAAUUGAUAUAUUGAUCUCGGCCAUUGAAAAAUCCAAGCUUGAUUACCAGAACUUGAAAGCUGAAUGUGAGGAAAGAGAGACCGACUUGAUUAACAGUCUGAAAACAACUAAUGAGAAGAGCUCUUCAUUGGAAAGAGAAAUAAACAGACUGGAAAAUCUUCUGAAAGAGACACAAGCAGAAGUUUCCUUCUCUAAGGAUGAAGAAACUCAUUUAAAGAACUCCCUCAGGGAAACCGAAUCUGAGGUCGAUUAUCUAAAGGAAGUUCUCGGCGAGGCAAAAGCUGAAAGCAUGAAGCUAAAGGAGGCCUUAAUGGACAAAGAGAAUGAGAUGCAAAGCAUUAUGCAUGGAAAUGAUGAAUUUCGAAGCAGGGAGGCAAAAUAUUUGAAAAUAAACGAGGAGCUGACCAAACAGCUUGAGGAAGCUUUGGCUAAAAAGGUAGCUGACGAAGAAAAUGAGGAGCUCACAGACAGCGAAAAAGAUUAUGAUGUGCUCCCAAAGGUGGUCGAGUUUUCUGAACAAAACGGCGGAAGGGAAGAAAAUCCUAAGAUAGAAGAGAUAUCACAUCAAUCUGAGCAUUUUGUCAUAAAAGAGGCUGAAAAUGGAGUAGGGGGUGCUGACGAAACAGAUAAAGAAAGCGCACAUGGAGAGAAGGAUGAUGCAGAUUCUGUUGAGGCAGAUUUUAAAAUGUGGGAAAGCUGCAAGAUUGAGGAUAAAGACUUUUCCCCAGAGAAGGGAGAGGAGACAGAGAGUAAAGAAGCAGAGGGAAGUGAGAAUGGCGACCACCAGAAUGGGCUGUCGUCAAUAGAAAACCAUGAUGAUGCGCUGCUAUUGAAGCAGCAGAGUCAGAAGAAGAAGAAAGUGUUUCUAGGCAAAUUUGGGAACAUGCUGCUUAAGAAGAAAAGCACUGGCAACCCCAAGCAAUAGGUUCCUCUUUAAUGUGUGCUUUGCAGUAAUUCUUUUUUGCUCCUUCAUUCAUUCGUUUUCAGGUAGGGCUUAAAUACAUAUAUGGAAACAUAAAAAACACGUACCGUCUAUUCUCCUGCCCUGUUUGGUUCGCCUUUUUCUGUGUGUGAUGGCAUGUCAGGGUUGGGAGAAUCCUUGUUUUUUUUUGUUUUUGUUGCAGGACUUGUUUUGCUGGUUCAGUAUCAUCUGAAUUAGCACUGUUGUAUAUUGUUAAUAUGUUUUUUAAUCUGUUUGGCAACAAACUUGCCUUUAUUAUGGUUAUAUAGCAUGUUGUUAUUUUAAUGACUAGUCUUUCUGGAUGGGCAUGCUCAUUUUGGCAUUUUGUUUUUUAAAAA